GUUGCCUAAUUCUUUCAGGCCCCACCGAGGCGCUGGCUACUUCGGUGCCUAAAGAGACACGCUCUCAGCAUGGAGAUGAAAAAGGCGGUACAACGCAGGAGGGAAAGAAAACAAACCCACCCCAAACCCUUCUUGCCCGUGGCUCGGUACGACUCGGGCGGCCUCAGUUCAAUGGCAUUCCGCUGGUCAGGCGACAUGGAGGACCUUCCUCAGUCUGGAGCCGGCGGAGGUCUUUUAGGGCCGCAGUCGCAGCCGCUUCUAUGAGGCCGUCUUUUCCGCCGGCGCCGCUGCGGGAUGUCUGCGUGGAAUUAUCGCCGCUGAGGCUGCCGGGGACCGAAACGGUUCCAGGGCCGGGCAUGGGGGUGAGCGGGGGGGCAGGAGGCGGAGGGGGCGCUCUCUUCCCCGAGCGGCUGCGGCUACCGCUCUGUUGCUUGGGUGUCUUCGUCUGCUACUUUUGGUACGGCGUCCUACAGGAGACAAUUACAAGAGGCAAAUAUGGGGAAGGAGCAAAGCAGGAAAAGUUCAGAUAUGCUCUGUCUUUGGUCUUUAUUCAGUGCGUGAUCAAUGCCAUUUUCGCAAGACUGUUGAUCCAGUUUUUUGAUACUGUCAAGGUGGAUCGGACACAGAACUGGCUGUAUGCAGCUUGCUCCCUGUCCUACCUGGGUGCCAUGGUUUCCAGCAACUCAGCCCUGCAGUUUGUCAACUACCCAACUCAGGUCCUUGGGAAGUCCUGUAAACCCAUCCCAGUCAUGCUCCUGGGGGUGACGAUGCUGAGAAAGAAGUACCCAUUGUCCAAAUACCUGUGUGUCUUACUGAUCGUCACAGGAGUGGCCCUUUUCAUGUACAAGCCAAAAAAGGGAGGAGACCUCGGGGACGACCACACCUUUGGCUACGGAGAACUUCUGCUGUUGCUGUCCUUAACAUUGGAUGGACUGACCGGCGUGUCUCAAGACCACAUGAGGGCACAUUACCAGACUGGUUCCAAUCACAUGAUGUUGAAUGUCAAUCUGUGGUCUACUUUAAUCCUUGGAGCCGGUAUCUUGUUUACAGGAGAGCUUUGGGAAUUCUUGAGUUUCACUGAGCGUUACCCCAGUAUCAUCUACAACAUCCUUCUCUUUGGCCUAACAAGUGCUCUGGGCCAGAGUUUCAUCUUCAUGACUGUGGUAUACUUUGGGCCUCUGACCUGCUCAAUCGUCACCACAACCCGCAAGUUCUUCACCAUCUUGGCUUCAGUCAUCCUUUUUGCUAAUCCAAUCACCAACUUGCAGUGGGUGGGCACCAUCCUAGUAUUCCUUGGACUUGGACUGGAUGCCAGAUUUGGGAAAGCAUCCAAGAAAACCUCGCAUUAAGAAGACUUUGGCUGGUUCUCUUGAAAACCUCAAAUCUUAACAAACUGUUAACUUAUUGUCUUACUCCCCAGCACCUGUGAUCAUAAAUGGACUCAGGAUGAGUGUUUGGGGAAAGGGGGUUUUAUGGGAGCAUGGGGAGGGAUUGGUUUGGCUUUGUCGUUCCAAAAAAACUUGGAAUAUUUUUUUUUUAAUCAAGGGUUUUGUUUUAAUUGAAAUCAAGGAUGUGACGUUUUCCACAUGCACUGCCCCAGGAAUCAAAACUGGGGUUGAUGGGUGGCAAAAAAAGAAGAAAAAAUUGACAAAAUGAGAGGAACUCUUCAUAAUAAAUAAAAGGAGAGAUAGA